AUCAACCCAGGGUGCCCAUUUGUCCAGGAUCUGACCCUCUCCACCAACGCAGCCCUCUGCCCAAAAACUCGAAGCCGCUUCUGCUCAUCCCUGCAGGGCUACAUGUACUACACAGGCUCUUCCCGGUUUCGUCUUCGGCUCCGUGCGGUCACACGCUCAUCUGGGGUCAGAACCAUCUUCAUCCGGCUGCGGUUGGGGAGGGGUCACAGGCCCUCAGGCUAUUGGCUGGGACCCCACCUCCCUCGGCCCGGGUCACAGUUCCACACGCAGGGGUCAGGGUCCCCCUCACCUGGGGCCACAGCCCCCUCCCUUGGAGGGAGGCUCACCGACCCCAGGCAUGGGUCCCAGUUUGACAUUCAGCAUAGGCACAGGCCUUUCGGCUGGACGUGCCCUCCCCGGGCCAGGGCCUUAGUUCCCCGCCCAGGGAGCCCUGGUCCCUCCCCCGAGGCCCGCGGCCCCGCCUCCGGACCGAUGCAGAGGGUCCCGGGAUCCCCGGGGUCCCAGGCGGAGGCCCCGGGCGCCCGGUCCGAGGUCUCGGCGCCCGAGAGGCCUGUGCCGACCGCGUCGCCUCCACAGGAGGCUUCGGAUGACUCGCGGCCCGCGUCCUCGUCGCCCGCCUGGCUCUCCGAGUGGCCGCCGACCGCGAGCGCAGCGGGGGACGGGUCGCUGCCACGCCGGGCCGCGUGGGGCGGGAUGGCGUCCGGCACGUUGCUGGAGGCCGGCCUGGCUCGGGUGCUCUUCUACCCGACGCUGCUGUACACGCUGUUCCGCGGGAAGGUGCCGGGCCCGGCGCACCGCGACUGGUACCACCGCAUCGACCGCACGGUGCUGCUGGGCGCGCUGCCGCUGCGGAGCAUGACGCGCGGGCUGGUAGAGGACGAGAACGUGCGCGGGGUGAUCACCAUGAACGAGGAGUAUGAAACCAGAUUCCUGUGCAACUCCGCCAAGGUGAGGGGCCUGGGCCAGAGGCGGGGAGCUGCGGCCGGCCCGGAGCGCCGGAGGAAGCUGGGGGAGGGGCGCCGCAGGUGGACCUCCUUUCAGGAGUGGAGGCAAGUAGGGGUUGAGCAGCUGCGACUCAGCACAGUAGACAUGACUGGAAUCCCAACCUUGGCCAACCUCCGGAAAGGAGUCCAGUUUGCUCUCAAGUACCAGUCGCUGGGCCAGAGUGUCUACGUGCAUUGCAAGGCCGGGCGCUCCAGAAGUGCCACCAUGGUGGCAGCGUAUCUGAUUCAGGUGCACAAUUGGAGCCCCGAGGAGGCAAUAGGGGCCAUCACCAAGAUCCGGUCACACAUCCAUGUUAGACCCGGCCAGCUGGAAAUCCUCAAAGAGUUCCAUAAGGAGAUCACGGCGAGUGCAGCAAAAGAUGAGACGCAUCCUACAUCACAGACAUGAAGUGUGUGGACUAGAAAGAGCUCAAGACAACCCUGCUGGCCAUAGGAUGAAAAAAUUUAAUGGGACCCAUGGGGCUUAAGCCCAGGCAGCGUAAUAGAAGUGUGCUGAAUAAUGGGUAA